UGAGUGCUCGGGAGCUGGCGCAGGGUGGAGGGCUGGGGGCUCGGCUUUCUGGCCAUUUCGGGGCCCCUUCUGAGGGGUCUGUGUCCUUCCGCGUACGUCAUCGGGAAGCUCUGUUUCCGAGGCCGGUUUCCUGGCGACCGGACCCCGCUCAGCUGGAGGCUGAGGGACUGACCAGCGGGCGGGCACCUGCAUCCUGCCAGGGAGCCAGAAGCUUAACUGAAAAUGAUACGUGUUAGAAGACAUGAAACAAGGAGAAACUCUAAAACCCAAGUGCCUGAACAAAAAUCUCGAAUUGAUUGGCGACGGACAAAAAGAAGUAAUAUUUGCCUGUUCCUUGAUAGUGACGAAGAGUUUGAUGGUGAUGAAGAAACUAGUAACGAUGGAAGUGUUGAUAGUGAUGAAGAGCUUGGUAGUAGUGAAGGGUCUGAGAGUAACCAAACACCAGAAAAUGAAACAAAGCUGAAAGUAGUUCAAAAUGAAAGAAAUGAUAUUGAACCUCUCCCUAACACUGACAACCAUUUAGCAGAUGAAGCAAGCCAACAUAGGAGUGUUGACCAAACAGAACUUGAAGGGCAUCCAUGUGAAGACAGCGACAAACUCAGCAAACACACCAGAGACGUGACAGAGGAAGAUUUCGAGGAGGAACAUAUCAAGCGAGGGAAAAGGAAAAGCAUUUCCUCUGUGAUGUAUGACUCUGAUGACAGCGAUGAUAGUGAUAUACUAGUUAGAAAAGUAGGGCUGAAACGCCCACGUAGAGUGGUUGAAGAUGAAUGUUCUAUAGAAAUGGGGCAAGAAAACCAUGAAAAAGGAAUAGCUGCUCAGAAACAACGAUUUCAGAAGCUGAAAGAACUCUCAAAACAACGAUCUCGACAGAGACACCAUAGUGGUAGAGAUUUUGAGGACUCAGAAAAGGAAUCUUGCUCAAGCACUGAUACAGAUGAUAAUGAUAAGGAAGACAGUUAUGAAUAUAAUGAAGAUGGAGAUGAUUAUAUAAUAGAUGACUUCGUAGUUCAAGAAGAGGAAGAUGAUGAAGAGAAUAAAAACCAGCCAGAAAAAGGAUUGACUCAAUCACAACUGGAAUUAAUAGAAUCGAAUAAUUUUUAUUCUUUUUGUGAUCGCCAUACUCACUUUGAAAGAGUUGUGAAGGCACUUCUGACCAAUGCUUUAGAUAAAAAUUUUCUGGAUACAUUGUAUGCUGACAAGCAACGAAAAUCAUAUGCAAAAUAUAUGUUGACCUCUCUUUGUUAUUUGGAUGACCGUCUUAUUCAACCUCGUCUAGAGAGUUUAUUUUCUAGAAGUCGUUGCAACGAACGAUAUAAGGAGCGGGUAGAAAAUUAUCCCUCUGUGAUUCUCCAGUGGAAGAGUCCGAAAAACCGUACGUGUGAGGCUUGUGGGCUGUAUCGCUGCUGUAGAUGCUUAGUGCAUUUAUCAGGAAAAUUGUAUAACAGCAGGAAUAUGAAAAUAGAUGAAUUCAUGUCCCAUGACAAGCAGGUGUUUACUGUGGGCAUAAUUUGUGCCAAUCGUACCAGAAUUUAUCAUCAGCUGAAACAUUUCAAGUUCACACUGUACCAGGAGUGUUGCUCCAUUGUAGAUACUGAAUAUUUUGAGGAUGAACAGGUGACAGAAACAGUGGAAAGAAUUUUCAGUCAAUUGGAAGAAAGUGGCUGGAUUAACAAUAAAUAUAAACAACUCGAAGAAUAUCUCAGUUCUGCUGAAAAUUUUCAAGAGGAGAAGUUUGACUAAUAACACAUUUCCUUCAGAGAAGAUUUUAUAAAUGGCUGUAAAUGUGAAGAUCAUGAAUCUUGUUUCUCUGUAUCAUGUGCCACUUAUAUAUUUUAUAUGUAUCUUCAUGAAAAAACAUCUUGUAUCAUGAAACUUCUCAGUCUAAUAAUGCUUUUAUCUGAUAUAAAUAGAAAAUAUAGACUUAAUAACUUCAAGUCCCUAAAUAUAUUUUAAGUCUAUAAAAUAAUGUCUUUAUAACCUAUUAUUAUCAAAUGAAUGAUCUCCUGUUCUUUCAGUUUAGUUAGUCUGCAUUUUAAGAAUAUAUUUGGUAUAUGUGAAUCCAUGCUGACCAUUUCCUGUCUGGUUCUAAGCGUUCCUU